AUGGCCAAAUUGAUUCAAACCCAGUCAAACCCGGCAUUUGCGGUCAUCUUCGUCUUUGUCAGGGAGGCGAAGAUUCAAGGUCUCAGGCUUCAAUCUGCCAGCUGGCGCGGUGUCUGGAUCUGGUCAUCAACGCGAAUAGGCCCUCGAGGAGAGAUGGUGGGCAAGGUCUUCAAGUACGAUGUGUCUAGGAAGGGGAUGGGCAAGAAAUGGGGGAGGUGGGAGAUUAUGCAGAGGAAGACGGUUACCAGCACAUUCCGACGGGUAUUGAAGCCCAAUGCCCUGGUCCUGGCAGGUCAGCCCGAAGGUUAUUGGCGACGUUGCCACACCCCGAGGCCAGCCGUGGACCAGAUUGAAGGGCACGGGGUCGCCCUCCCUGGCACCUCGAGGGCUUACAUGGUCCUUGCUCAGUCUUGGAACUUCGACAAGAUAGUCCAAGCCGACGCUCAACAUUGGGACCUGAGACGGGUAAGACAGGAGUUUCCAUGCCUGGAGAUCACGAGCGAUCUUGGGCGGGACUUCAUGACCGCGCCCUAUGCAUCACCCCAAGCCCUCACAUCCUUCACCGGGGAGCUGGUUAAGUCCCAGGUCAUGGCUUGGAAGGGCUUCUCGGCGGUAUCAACUUAUCCCCCCACAUCUCCCAACUUCUUUGCGAGCGACACCGGUCGCAACUCGGUUCUCUUAAACUUCCUCCACCACCACCUCCCCGGUUAUCCCCAGGUUCCGAUCCACAUCUCCAACACCGAUCCCGUUGUACAACACCUCCGCACCAAUGCCGAAGACCUUGGGAUUGCGUCGGAGGACAUAGUGAUUGCUUGCGAGACAUGCUAA